CUCCCGCCCAUAAACUUCAUCUCUGUCAGUCACAAUGGUUGAUUCUUCCGGCGGUUGAUAGCUUCGUUUUUGCAAGUCAGAGUAAUCCAUCUUCGUUUUUCAGUUCUCAAUUACUGUAAUCUUUCAGGCAUAUACAUUCAUGACGGGGGAUUCCAUGGAAACUACGUGGAAACCAAAAAUCUUAGAAAAUCUACACGCUGGAGUUUACUUGUCAGUUUGGAGAGGCUAUGGCACGGUAGGGAUUGUGGGAACGAUUUUUAUUGGAAUUCUCAUAGCAAUAUUACUUCCCAGUGUCAUUUUGGUAAAGAAAAGGUGGAAACGAAGAGGAAUUCCUACAGAUGUCGGUGGGGAUCCAGGCUAUGCGGUGCGUAAUGCUCGGGUGACUGAACUUUCUCAAGUUCCUUGGAAAGGGGCUACAACCAUGGCGGCACUGUUUGAGCAAUCAUGUCGAAAGCAUUCUCAAAAUAAAUUUCUUGGAACAAGAAAGUUGAUUUCCAAGGAAUUUGUUACUGCUAGUGAUGGUAGAAAGUUUGAAAAGCUUAACUUAGGUGAAUAUGAAUGGCAGACUUAUGGAGAAGUGUUUGAUCGUGCUUGCAACUUUGCAUCUGGGCUUGUUGGGUUUGGCCAUAAUGUUGAUUCUCGUGUUGCCAUUUACGCAGAAACUUGUGCCGAGUGGUUUAUUGCCUUUCAGGGAUGCAUUAGACAGGACAUUACUGUCGUUACAAUAUAUGCUUCUCUUGGUGAGGAAGCCUUAAUCCACUCUCUCAACGAGACCGAAGUAUCUACUCUAAUUUGCAAUUCAAAGCAAUUGAGGAAGCUGAUGACAAUAAGUUCAAGUUUGACAACUAUUGAAAAUAUUAUUUAUUUUGAAGAUGCUGGAUACGAAACUGAUUUUAUUAGCUCUGAAAAUACAAGCAAAUGGAAGGUCAUGUCCUUCUCUGAAGUCAUUAAACUUGGUAAGGAAAAUCCUGUUGUCCCAAGCUUACCUUCCAGUCAAAGUAUUGCUGUUGUGAUGUAUACGAGUGGCAGUACAGGUUUGCCAAAGGGGGUUAUGAUCGGGCAUGGUAAUAUUGUGGCCACCGCUGCAGGUGUCAUGACAGUUAUUCCAAAACUUGAUAGCGAUGAUGUAUACUUGGCAUACUUGCCCCUUGCUCAUGUUCUAGAACUGGCGGCUGAGACUGUCAUACUAUCUGCAGGAUUGGCAAUGGGUUAUGGUUCGCCAUUGACAAUGACAGACACUUCAAGUAAAAUAAAAAAAGGAACAAAGGGAGAUGUUUCUGUUUUAAAACCAACAAUCAUGACUGCAGUUCCAGCUAUCUUAGAUCGUAUUCGAGAUGGAGUUUUGAAGAAGGUUGAAGAGGAGGGAGGCUUAGUGAAGAAACUCUUCCACAUCGGAUAUAAUCGCCAAUUGGCAGCUUUGGAGGGAAGCUGGCUUGGAGCUUGGGGACUUGAAAGACUGUUCUGGAAUGUUCUUGUCUUCAGAAAUAUACGUUCAGUACUUGGAGGUCGUAUUCGGUUCAUGCUUUGUGGUGGGGCUCCUCUAUCAGGAGAGUCUCAACGUUUUUUCAACAUUUGCAUGGGGGCUACAAUCGGUCAAGGGUAUGGCUUGACCGAAACAUUUGCUGGAGCUGCCUUUUCCGAAUGGGAUGACACAAGUGUGGGACGUGUUGGGCCUCCACUUCCUUGUUGCUUCAUUAAGCUUGUUUCUUGGGAAGAAGGUGGGUAUAGGACAACUGACAAACCAAUGCCAAGAGGAGAGAUUGUUAUUGGGGGCACUAGCGUUACUGCUGGUUACUUCAAGAACCCUGAAAAAACUAACGAGGUCUUCAAGGAUGACGGAAAAGGCAUGCGCUGGUUUUACACGGGAGAUAUAGGAACAUUUCAUCCUGAUGGAUGUCUUGAGAUCAUAGACAGGAAAAAGGAUAUCGUUAAACUUCAGCAUGGAGAAUAUAUAUCCCUAGGGAAGGUCGAGGCUGCCCUACUAUCAAGCAAGUACGUGGAUAAUGUUAUGGUAUAUGCAGACCCCUAUCGCGAUUAUUGUGUAGCAGUUGUUGUCCCUUUGCGUCCAGCCCUUGAGAAGUGGGCCAAAGAAGCUGGCAUCAACUACGGGGACUUUUCUCAGCUAUGUGAAAAUGGUGAAACUAUCAGUGAGGUUCAGAGAUCCCUUUCCAAGGUAGCGAAAGAUGCAAAGUUACAAAAGUUCGAAAUUCCUGAAAAAAUAAUGUUGGCACCAGAUCCAUGGACCCCAGACUCUGGAUUGGUUACUGCCGCUUUAAAGAUAAAGAGGGAACAAGUGAAGGCUAAAUUCAAAAAUGAACUCCAACAGCUAUACAAGUAAUUAAAAUACUGCCAAACUUUCCACUUUAGUACACAACACAGAGAUCUCCACAUACUUAACUAAGCUUGUUACCAGUAGUAUUCCUUCCUGAAAUUAGUGUAAAUAAUGUAUAUGUAUUACUCUCAUCCUUAUGCUAAGAUUAUAUAUUUCUAGUA